AUGAGUGUAGAGGACGGGGGUAUGCCAGGCCUUGGCCAUCCCAGGCAGGCCUGCUGGACCCUGAUGCUACUUCUGUCCACUGCUAUGUAUGGUGCCCAUGCCCCAUUGUUGGCACUGUGCCAUGUGGAUGGCCGAGUGCCCUUCCGGCCCUCCUCAGCUGUGCUGCUGACUGAGCUGACCAAGCUCCUGUUGUGCGCCUUCUCCUUCCUGGUGGGCUGGCAAGCAUGGCCCCGGGGGGCCCCACCCUGGCGCCAGGCUGCCCCCUUUGCACUAUCAGCCCUGCUCUACAGUGCUAACAACAACCUGGUGAUCUAUCUUCAACGUUAUAUGGACCCGAGCACCUACCAGGUGCUGAGCAAUCUCAAAAUUGGAAGCACGGCCCUGUUCUACUGCCUCUGUCUCCGACACCGCCUCUCUGCACGCCAGGGCUUAGCAGUGCUGCUGCUGAUGGCAGCAGGGGCCUGCUAUGCAGCUGGUGGCCUCCAGGACCCUAGGAACCCCCAUCCUGGUCCUCCUUCAGCAGCUGCUGCUGGCUCCAUGCCCCUGCACAUCACUCCACUAGGACUGCUGCUUCUCGUCCUAUACUGCCUCAUCUCAGGCUUGUCAUCCGUGUAUACAGAACUGCUCAUGAAGCGACAGCGGCUGCCCCUGGCACUUCAGAACCUCUUCCUCUACACCUUUGGUGUGCUUCUGAACCUAGGUCUGCAUGCAGGUGGCGGCCCAGGGCCAGGCCUCCUGGAGGGUUUCUCAGGAUCGGCAGCGCUCGUGGUGCUGAGCCAGGCACUAAAUGGACUGCUCAUGUCAGCUGUCAUGAAGCAUGGCAGCAGCAUCACACGCCUCUUUGUUGUGUCCUGCUCACUAGUGGUCAACGCCAUGCUCUCAGCAGCCCUGCUGCAGCUCCAGCUCACAGCUGCCUUCUUCCUGGCCACACUGCUCAUUGGCCUGGCUGUGCACCUGUACUAUGGCAGCCACUAGCCCCUGACCCUAUAGAUUGGGCACCACCAUCAGAGCCACCUCCCAGCCCUCCCCACCUCUCACCUCAGCGGCCCUGUAACAAGUGCCUUGUGAGAAAAGCUGGGGAAGUGAGAGCAGCUGGGUUAGUCUCUGGAGGUGCGUGGGUGAAGGCAUACGCCUGGGAGACUUGAAGAGUGGGUUUGGUUAAGUAAAUGCUUAACCCCCCCAAGUUCUUGCAGAUUAAGGAAUUGGAGGAGUAUCAAUACCUAGGCCUCAGAAAUGACCCCAUCCCUGAUGGAGGAGGCUUCUUGCCUUAUCCUGCACGAAUGCAGUUGCUUAAAGUGGGACACGGCCAACAGUUGGCUUUCCUUGCCUACUGUGGUCACCCUAGCAGACCCACUGCCCCCAGGCUUGGUGCUGGCUGCCGUAGCCCAGGUAUGGUGCGUGACUCCCCCAUAAGGGAUACUCACUUCCCACUGUCAUGUAGGAAAGCCCAAUUGCCACAGAUUACAUACCCAUCACCCAGGCCACUCUACCUAGCUGCCCUAGCUCCAGGAGCGCCUGGAGACAGUGCCCCCUGCUCCCUCCACAGUGCUGCUCUCCACACCCAGCCUUUGUUCUGGAAACCCCAGAGAAGGGCUGGGGCUUGACUCAUCUCAGGGAAUGUUGCCCCUGGGCCCUGGCUUAAGUCUACACUCCUGACCUCUCUGCUCACCCCAAGGGCCCUUUUGAAGCCCACUGCCCCCUCUAUGGCUCGUAGGAGGUACCAUCCUUUCCCCUCUGGGUUCUGCCCCUGCCUGGCAGUGUCCCAGCUCCCAACAGACUAGGGAAGCUCUACACAGAGUGACCUGGGACCAGGAACAGGGAAACUUGUAUAGCUCAAUCAGUGUCUCUAACUGCAUAAACAAUAAGGUGUUAAUAAAGUGUUCUGGGGUGUA